AUGGCUGCCGACUUGCCAUCAUUCACAUACUUCAACGUCACCAUUCCACAGGAAUAUGUCGCCCACAUCGAAACCAACAGGCCGAAGAAGAUGAACGCCUAUUUUGAGCCCAUGUGGCAGGAACUCCGCACAAUCCUAGACACCCUCUCCGUCUCGCCCUCCAUUCGCUCGAUCAUCUUCACCGGCGCAGGCCCCGCCUUCACCGCCGGCCUAGAUGUAAAAGCCGCCUCGGAGAGCCUCAGUGCUCCGGGCAAAACCUCCUCUGACCCAGCUCGCACCGCCGCCAAACUCCGCCGCUACAUCGCCGACUUCCAAGACUGCGUCACCGCCCUCGAACGCUGCGAGAAGCCUGUCAUCAUAGUCCUGCACGGCAUCUCGUACGGGCUCGCCGUGGACCUGGCUUGCGCCGCAGAUGUGCGUCUGUGCUCGGCAGACUCCCAGAUCUGCGUGAAGGAGGUGGAUAUCGGCCUCGCGGCGGACAUAGGGACGCUGUCACGGCUGGGCAAGAUUGUCGGGUCGUUCGGGUGGGUCAAGGAGGUAUGUAUGUCGGCGCGGAUAUUUGGAGCAGAGGAGGCGAGGCGGGUGGGGUUUGUGAAUGCGGUGUCCGAGACAAAGGAGGCGGCUGUCCAGGCUGGGUUGGAGAUGGCGGCUGCGAUGGCGGCGAAGAGCCCAGUGGCAGUGCAAGGGACGAAGGAGGUGUUGAAUUGGUCGCGGGAUCAUAGCGUGCAGGAUGGCCUCCGAUACACAGGUGUUUGGAACGGCGCCGCACUCCAGACAACUGAUAUCCAGCGCGCUCUUCUCUCCGGAAUUGAAAGGCGAAGGCCGACUUUUGAGAAGCUGUGA